CUGCCCCCUGGUGGCGGCAGGAAGGGGCGGGCGCGGCGCCGGGAGCCCGAGAUGGUGGGCACCGGGGCGCGCGGGGCGCCGCUGCUGCCGCCCUUGCUGCUGCUGCUGCCGCUGCUGCGGGGCGCGGCGGGCGGCCUCGCCGACAGCGUCAUCUGGGCCGUCAACGCAGGCGGCGAUGCCCAUGUGGACGUGAACGGCAUCCACUUCCGCAAGGACCCGCUCGAGGGCCGCGUGGGCCGAGCUUCUGACUAUGGUAUGAAGCUGCCAAUCUUGCGGUCCAACGCAGAAGAUCAGAUUCUGUACCAGACUGAGCGUUACAAUGAGGAAACCUUUGGCUAUGAAGUUCCCAUCAAAGAGGAGGGUGACUAUGUGCUGGUGUUGAAGUUCGCAGAGGUCUAUUUUGCACAGUCUCAACAGAAGGUAUUUGAUGUUCGCUUGAAUGGCCACGUGGUGGUGAAGGACUUGGACAUUUUUGACAGAGUUGGACACAGCACAGCUCACGAUGAGAUCAUUCCCAUGAGUAUCAAAAAGGGGAAACUGAGUGUCCAGGGAGAGGUUUCAACGUUCACGGGGAAGCUCCACAUUGAGUUUGUAAAGGGCUACUAUGACAAUCCGAAAAUCUGUGCCCUAUACAUCCUGCAAGGAACAGUGGAAGAUGUUCCAAAGCUGCAGCCACACCCAGGUCUGGAGAAAAAAGAGGAAGAUGAUGAUGAAGAUGAAUAUGACGAUGGCUCCAAUGUUAAAAAACAGGCAAAUAAGAACCGGGUUCAGUCAGGCCCACGCACACCAAACCCCUAUGCCUCGGACAACAGCAGCCUCAUGUUUCCUAUAUUGGUGGCCUUUGGUGUCUUCAUUCCUACCCUCUUCUGCCUCUGCCGAUUGUGAGAGCAAGCCUCACAGAGCAUCAGCCAAGGGGCUGGGAGGGAAGGAGUUGGACCAAACACGGUUGCUUUCAAUUUCUCCAUAUUGUUCAUAAUUUAAGGAAAAAAAAAAAAAAAGAAAAAAAAAAAGAUGAUUCAUUUGGAAUGAAUAGCAGGUCCAGGUAAGAGGGAGCUUACCUUCCCCCCUGCCAGCAAGCAGCGAGGCCCUUGCCUUCCCCUUCGCACCAUGUGCAGCCUCUGAUCCUCCCUGGGGCAUCCAAGAGUAAACUGAGUCCUGGCUGUCUGUGUAUUGGGCUGUCGAAAGCUGAUGCUAGCAGUCCUGGGCCACAUCCCACACUGAGAGAAAACCAUGUGCUGCAAGAUCUCUGCCUUUGCUGGGUGGAAUGCGGUUCCUUAAGCAGGGAAGCAGGCUCUUAAAACCAGGCCUGGGUACACAUUUUGUCUGGGAGCGUGGAAGUGUUGUGGUGCCGUUGGGUGACUAACGACUAUGGAGGACAGAGCCUGGCUCAGCAUCUCCCUGAAUGUGUGCAACGUGAUGUAUGGUACUCGCCUGCAUAAAGAUACCAAGACUCCAGCUAGCCGCUCAGCCUCUGUGGAGACGUUCUCCUCCUAAGAGUGCAAGCUGCGCCAGGAGCAAAGGGAUUUAUCUGGCCUGAUUUGCUGCACCAGUUGGGAGAGACUUUCCUAGUUUGACAAUUAUGUUAGAUCCAUGCAGAGGGAUUCUGCUGUAGCCUGCAAGAGGCUGAUGUUCGCGUCUGAUCAGAUGCACUUGUUUUCUGUAUUGAUUAUGGCUUUUGUUUCCUUUAACAUCCUUUUCGAAGGUUUCAUUUUAAGCCCAGUUCCUUGUUUUGCCUUUUCUAGCAAGUGACAUCUCCUUUGGAAGAAGCUGAGAAUCGGAUGACCUAGAGAGGAGAUUCUGGGCUUGUUCCUUGACCUUCCGAAUGGUUAGCUCCCUGCCCAGUGACUGUGAACAACCUGUGCUGUAUGACAGCGGAGCAACCUUGCUGAUGCUCCCUGUGAGCUCUUGUUCCCUGUCAUAGGGACCAGGCCUCCCUGCAGCAGUGAGAGGCGCAGUGGAGUUGGUUAGUGUCUUCGGUUAGCUCAGCCCUUUGCAUACCAAGGUGCGGUGGUGAGGGGGCAGACAUCCGACAUUUCAGUACUGUAGAGCAAGGUGGUUUGUUGCCCUCCAGAGAUCUGAAAGUGACCAGAACACUGGAGACAAGGUCACUGCUUCCCCCAGGGAUAUUUCUGCAAGAGGCUUCUCUUUCCACAUGCAGAGCCUGUGCCUGCCCGACGGAGGCUGAGCAGAGUGAAAGCCCUUGCUGCGCCUGCUGAUCCAGAGCUGCAGGCCCCGAGGAGCUGCCUUCCCAUGGUCUUGGCCUCUGAUGUGUUGAGCACUUCUGGCUGGUGGGAGGGAGAUGUUCUGUGUGCUGCAGCAGGAUCUGUCCCAGGCAGGGUUGGGUCCUUGCGGGUCAGCUUCGAUGUUGGUGAGCUCUGGGCUCACAGAACACUUUACCUCAUGCUAUCUCUGUUGUUCUCAACAGUGCCGUCUACCUGGAGCAGUGGUACUGAGUGAUGUCCUCCUUGCUUCUGUUCUUCCCUGGGCCUGAGUUUUCCUAGCAGUUAUUCUUGGGUUUGAUCUCCUGCAGUGGCUCAGCCUUUCUUUGAGCUGAGAAGGGUCAGCAGAAUUCCCUAGUUUCUGGAAAGGAAACAGGAGGAGCAGCCUUUCUGCUCUGCUGGGCCCAAGCAGCUGAAGCCUUUGCUUCCUCCUAACCCUCAAGCUGUGAUAUGAGCUGCCAGCUCACUAGCUCCAGAACAGGAGCUGGGGGAGGUGUCAAAGAACUGCUCUCUUUAGCAGCGGCACUGAACCUUGCCUUUCUGAUCGCAUAUAUCGCUGCUAUAGGCCUGACCCUAAUUCUGUGUCUGUGAGCUAAAAAGCAAGCAGUAGGACCUUAAUUACCUUCUCUCCAAUUGUACAAGUGGUAACAGCCAGCUUGGGAGAAGCAAGAGGGUCCCGGCCAUACCGGAAGGAGAAGACAGGCUUUACAGAGAGCAGAUCUUAAGAACAAACAUUAGAAUGAAAAACAAGUAAGCUUGAAAUAGUCUGCUUUGUCUUCUAGCUGCUGUUAAAAUCGUAGUACUUAUAAAACUCUUCUAAGAUACCGAGCUCUCUUUUGUUUGGUGACAGUGCCUGCAGAGAUUCUCCAGCAUUUUUGGGAUUGCUCUAACUGGAGCACAGGGACAUUUAGAUCUUUAUCAGUUUUGAGAAGCAUGAACUGCACUGAUUUGUUAAGCAAAGAACCCAGGCUUGAAAGCAAGCUUCUCUGUAAGGAGCUGUUCUCCUCCAGGCCUUUUAGGUUGCAUUUUAUUUGAGCAUCAUUGAAGCAAGGAAUCACUCAGCUUCUUGUGGCUCACAUUGCCUAGCAUGAGGAAGAGGGUGUGCAUUUAUUUAGGCAUGCAAAAGUCGGAGACAAGUCUUCUAGGAUAGUUUAUCCCUCCCUCUCCUGGCAGCUAGGGCACCCAUUUGGUGCCAUCGUCCACCCUAAGGCAAAUCUGUGCAGGGUGUGAUCUGUUGUGUUCCAGUUGCUCGGUUCAAAUGAAUUUGUCUUAUUUGAAUAAGAAUAGGGAGGAGGAAUAGUUCAUCCUCCAUGGCUUCAAUUUAGUUGGUUUGGCUCUGGUUUUAUGUGGGUUUUUUGUCACUACAAAGCUGGUGUCUGGGUGGUUGAGGGGUUCCUGACCCUGUUAUGGUGCUAUGAGCAGUUUUCCUUGUUGGUCCAUCCCAUCCUGACAGGUUUGCCUCCGAAGGAGCCUUCCAACAAAGCAUGUGGGUACAUGGGAGGAUGGUAGGGGAUAACCAGUCAGCACCUUGCUGGGAAUGGCAUACUCGGGCUGGCUCCCCUUGCCAUCUCUGUCUGGCACCUGCAAGCCAGACAGAUGGAUAUAAUGAGGUACUCGGUCCUGACCAGGGAAAGAAAAAGUUUAGGUUGGCUGUAGCUUUCCAGCACGAGUGUUUGAGGGAAUAUCCAAGGUGUUCUUUAACUGAGGCUGGUUAGACAAGCCUGUUUGUGCUUUGUUGCCUCCAGCCAGCAGCAGGCGAUGAAGCACAUGUCCCUGUGCAGCAGUGUGGGGAGCUGGGUCAGAACAGACGCCACCUUCAUUCGUGAAGUGGUUGUGUAGAGAGGGGCAGAGAAGGCAACUUUAAUAAAGCUUCCACUUAAUAAAGGGGAGACAACACUGUCGAUCAUGUUUUGGGUCUGGAUCCAGCCUCAGGGUAGUGGUUCCAAAGCCUGUCUUAAUUACCCCCUUAUCAGCCCCUCCUCUGUACCUUUAAGCCAGGCCAUUUUCCUUUUCUGCGUGUGUGACUAAAGCAGCAGCUCUGACCCUUCUGAGUAUCCCAGGUGGCAGUGAGCAGAAAGCCAAAUUAAUUCCCUUGUCUUUUUGGUGCCUUUGUCUCAGGCUUUGAAUAAAAGUCUAUUUGAAGAAGCUUCUUUUUUUUUUUUAAGGAGCUUCUGAGUUGUUUUUUUCUUUUUCCCCAAUAUACAGGCAUUCCCUGGCCUUGUGAUCAGCUGGGGACUGUCUUGCUGUCCCUGGAUGCCAGCUCCAGAGGUCACAGCUGAAGCAGAGAACUGUGAGCGAGUAUCUUUGGUUCCAGCCCUUGAGGUCAAUGGAGGAAAAAAAAGCCUAGGAGGGGAUAGAAGAACUGGAAGAGCUCCUUCAGGUCUGAUCUGCCCCAGAAAUCUCCUGAAGGCAGGAUGGAGAACUUCCAGACAGUCUGGUGCCUGCGUGUCUGUGCAGUUCAGAGCCAAGUGAGUCAUGGCUAGGUCCUGGUAGUCGUAUGAUGCUUACAGCUUCUGGGUGCAGAGUGUGGCUUGGGGGGUCCUGCCCCCCAAAUUCACUCACCAAGGGCUUGCCCCACACCGUUCGGGUCUGAACGGGGAGCAGAGACCUUUUGCUUUGUCUGUUGGUCUUCGUUUAGUUGAAAUGGGAUUGCAACAGCUAGGGAAAUGGCUUGAUAUGGGAAGCCUGGGCUGAACAGGCCUGUCUUUGAUAGAAAACAGCAGGAGGAGGGAGAGGACCAGCAGAGCAGCUUCAGCCCUUGAUGUGAGACAGAUUCUGAGCAGCUGUGAAGUACCAAGUGUUUCAGGCUCUGUUUGGUGCUCAAAUGUGGGAGAGAUCUGUCUGCUUCUUGCAAUUAUGUGACAGGGAGGGAGAUAUCCUUGCUGAGAAUCCAAGGGAAAUGGGAGCUGGGCCAGCACUGAGCUAAUUUACCUACUGGCGCUUCUGCAUGUCCACAACAAAUGCCAAAGUCUAAUACAAUUCAAGGAUGCUUUUUUUUAAUGUCAGCCUGGUUCCACCAGUCUGUCUUCACUGGCUAGUCCCAAAUAGGCUCAGACAGGUAUUCUCAACGGCACAAACACAGCACCGGGCUGGAGCUGUGAAGGCUCAGAGAUGUGUUUAUAUGAAUAGGCCUCCUGUGCUGCACCCCUGCUUUGUGUGCUGCCCAGCGGGGCUGGGGCACGUGCAUUUCACCUUGGAUCCGAAUGGAUUUGUCCCAGGAGUAUAGUAGCAACCACAUUGAAAUGGUGCUGGGCUGGACGGGAGGGGUGAAAGCAGGUCCAUGUCUUCCGGGACUCUGGCUUGCUCAGAGUUUAUUGCUGUAUAUUAAAUACUAUUUUUGGAGAUUGGGGGGAAGAUGUGGGAGGGGGAGGGAUGUGGCGACGCUGUCCCCAGGCUGUGAUCAGUGGGAUGCUGCUGCAGGUUAUUGAUAGGUUUUGAUUUCUUUUUUUUUUUCCAAAAAGUGCUUUAUUUAAAAAAAAAAAAAGGAAAAAAUCAACAAAACAGAAGUGCUUUCCUCCCUCCUAGGAACAGUGCUGGCUGAUUAGAAAAUGUGAAUAAUCUUUUGCAAACAUCAAAGGUCUCUGCUAAAGAGUUUGUGUGAUGGAGAUUUAGAUUUCAAGGCAAGGGGCAAAGUACAGCUUGAACCGGUUUAACUGGGGAGAGUGUGAAUCUAGGAAAUGCAGGAUCUCUGCCCUGGAGUUGUUCCCAGUCACGCAUAGUGGGGAUGUGCUUGCCUGUGCUACCAGGGCUGUUCUGUCACACUAUAACAGUUCCUGAGCUAGGGCACUGGCAGUAUCUGGAAACUUGCAAGUAGGGGCUUGACUUUUGUGGUUUCUACAGGGGUUUCUUGUGUUCAGGGCUUUCCUGCUCAAGAAGCAGCCGGGUUGGUAAAGCAGCCCUGAAGAAUGGUGAGAGCAGAGGCAGGAUUUGUGCUUCGUGCCAGGAGACAGCAGCCAGGACUGCGAGAUGCUGGGCAGGUGACAGUGGUGUUUGGAUCCCAUUGUCGUAGCAGCUUUUAGCAUUGGUGAAGGGUCCCACUGCUCCAUAAAGCCCGGCUGCAUAGGCUGGGACGCACCGAAGUGACCUGUGAUGUUGGCAUUAAGGACGUGUCACAAACUACUUGAAGCUGCAGGUCUAAGUUGUCUGUAAAGGCUAAACAGUGUGGGGAGAGAUCUCCAUCUCUACUUGUCACCAGUACAAAGGGUUUUUAAGGAGGAUUUUUUUAUUUUACUGUCCAUUGCUUUGUGUUAUAACAACUUGCAGUGCCGGGGGUUUUUUUUAGUUUGUUUUGCAGCAAGCUUGGGCCCUGGGUGAAAAGCACAGAUGUCUAUUUCUGAUUGCAUUGGCUUUGCAGGGACUAGUUUGGGGGAAAAGACAGCUGUGGGGGUGGGUUAUUUUAUUUUUGGUACAUGGUAGCGGUUUUAUUUUUUAACUUCCCCAGGAUGUUUGGUUGAGGGAAUGUUCUGAAAUCUACUGUCUGGCAGUUUUAACCAGCAGUGUGUUAAAGGAAAAUAAACAAAAUUAUAUUGUCA